AUGAAUGGAGCUUUGCAUUGGUUUGGUUGUGAAGAAUCUUCAGAAGUGGUUGACAUUGUUGUUGCUUUUGAUCCCCUGAAUGAGAAACAUCAGUUGCCACAAGUUCCUGAUUUAAAUUUUACUAGCGAAACCUUGGGGGUUCUAUGUGGAUGUUUGUGCAUAUUUUAUAAUAAGAAUUUAAAAGAUUCUGUUGAAUUAUGGGUCAUGAAUGAUUAUAUGGUGGAGUCGUCAUGGACAAAACUCUUCAGGGUAAAGUUGCCGAGUGUCAAAUACAGUGAGGAUCAUAGCCUGAAGCGUGCAAGGGUUUUGGCUUAUUCUAAGACCAGUAGGGAAGUUGUCUUGUUGCAUUUGUUUGGUACUCUAAUUUGGUAUGACCUGAAAGAGAACAGGGUCGUGGAUCUCGGCAUUGGUUCAGUUGCUGCGAUUGUUAAUGUGAAAAGCCUUGUUAAGCUCAACUAUUAUCAAUGA